AUGCUACCAAAAGAUAAAAGCCUUAAAGCUAAAUAAAAAGUAGAUAGUAGUGAUGAAGAGGAUAAUAUUUUGGAUCAAAAUAUAAAGCGAUUGUUUAUUGAUCUAAUUUAUAUUUUUAAGGCAAUGAAUUCUUCUAAAAAUGAUAAAAAACUAGAUCCUCUCUAAGACUCUAUUGGGUUAUUGUUAGAUUGUCAGAAAUAAAAGUAGAAUCUAUUAAAAUCUAUUAAAGAUUUGAUUUUUAAGUAUUUACCGCAAAAUUAAUUAUUGGAUUAAAUUGAAUAGACUCUUUUUGAUUGCUUAAUUCAAUUAAAUUUUAAUCAGGCAGAAAAUUUAAUCAAUUAUCUAAAAGAACUAUUUGAAUUAUAGUAAGAUAAUUUAAAAUUAGGUAUUUUGGAAAAAAAUGAGUAAGACUUAUUAGAAAAUUUAAAAGAAUCUAUUGAUUUGAUUAAAACUUAAACUAAAAAAUAAAUUGUUCAAAAUUAAGUUAUAAAAAAUUAUAAUUUAUCUGAAAUAAAUGUACUAAAUUGCCCCAAAAAAUGCUAUUAUUCAUCAUUUUAAGGGAAGAAACUUAGUUUAAAGAGGUAUAUUAAGUACAAUGAUAACAAAAUAACUUUUAUUUCUUGUGCUGAUGACGAAGCUCAAUACUAUUUUGAUUUUGAAAUUGAAUUUGAUAAAAAAUAUACGCUUUUACUUUAAUUUGAUAAGAACCCUUAAAAAAAGUUUACAAUAGGUGUUUCGAAUGAAUCCCUUUUACUUCAAAGAGUUGCAUAUGAUGAACCUAAUUCUUAUUUUUCAAAAACUUUUUAUCCUGAAUGGUAAAUAGGAAAUAAGGAGUGCUCAUAUAUAAUAAAAGGUGCUGAGUUAUCCUUCUAACCUAAAAUUGGUUAAAUAAUUGAACUCAGAAUAUCUCUUAGCUAAAAUUUAAUAGAAUUUGCUGAUUAUCCAAAAAGAUAAAAUAUAAACACAAAUUUUUAAGAUCAUUAAUUUGUUGAAAGUUAAGAUAGAUAUGUAAUUGGAUUAAAUUUAUGCAAUGAGCAAUAAGUGUCUAUAUUAUAGAUGUAAGAAGUCAUGAACUUUAUAUAUUGA